AACUCCACGGUCCUCCAGGCUCCAGCGGUCCGCGACCCGCAGUUUUGAAACCUCACAAUUAACAUGUGUUGACGCUGGAAGGCGGGUGUUAGUAAUCCCUCAGAUCCAUCAAGUCGGUCAUUGGACUCGGAGCGGCGCGUGUUGGUCGAGCUCGCACCGAUGUUCAACAUGCAGGGUGUUUGCGCUGAGAGCUUGUUGGUGGGAUGGCAGACAGUGAGUGAGCAGGACUGAACCCCCAGGAUAUACGGGGGGGGGAGUAUAUGGAGUGGCCCCGGGCCGUGCUGUGGACCUGCCUACUGGGGGCCGGACUCACUCUGGCGUUGCCUCCAGCUUUCUCCGUUACGCCCCCCGAGGCGCACCCCCACGCCCCGCGGCUGCUCCGCUGUGUGUUCCUGAAUCGGGCUAACGUCACCUGCCACUGGGAGGCCGGAGACAACCACACGACUCAGUACACUCUGCAAGUUCAACUGGUCUUUAUUUCGACACAGGGCAUCCUCUCAUCAGACUGCACAACAGAUUCCUUCCUCCGGCUACCACCAAACAGCUCUGACAAAAAGUUCACCUGCAUCACGCCUAACACCCGCUGCACGGCGGCGUUAGAAAGUACUGACGUGAGGAACUGCUUCUGCAUCAGCAUCACAGCACACGGCCCCAAACAUAACAUCACGUCCCGACCCCGCUGUCAGUUAGGCAGGACUGAAGUGAUGUUGCCUCCAGCGGAUUUGACAAGCACAAAGUCAGUCGGCGGAAGUCCUCGGUGUCUGACUGUAACCUGGAGACGCACCUUGUCCGUGUUUCCUGUGGCUCCCUCUGAAAUCAAAGCGGGAAAACUGAACUCCCAGAUAGAGUUCAACUUCACAGCACAGGGGCAGGAGGCUAUACAGAUCCAUCCUCAGGUCCAAAAUGUGACGGUGACAGGUGACAGCGUCUGUUAUGAAGUUUGUAUCUUCAGGCCGGACACUUUGUACAACAUCCGGCUCCGUCAUCGCUUCAGGGGCCCAGAGAGUCCCUGGAGCCCGUGGAGCAACACCUGCCAGGGGAGGACAGGAGAGGACGCUCCAUCUGCAGCACCAGCCUUCUGGAGGCAAGUGAGACAGACAGACAAGGAGGGUUGGAGGCUCAUCACACUGCUCUGGAAGCCUUUGCCUCACUCUCUAGCAAAUGGCAGAGUCCUUUUCUACAACGUGACGUGUCAGACAGAGGGCUCUCACGUCCUGAAUGAUCACAGGAGCUGCAGAGAUUUGCACCUUACGAGUACUUCCUGUAGCUUGCUCCUUCCUGCUGGACGGUGCUCCUGCGCCCUGACGGCCUCCACCUCGGCAGGGGCCUCGUCUGAAGCCCGGAUAUGGUUCAGUGGAGCCUCUGAUACAGAUCCAGCAGCCCCGAGCCAAUUCACUGUAAGUCCCCUAAAUGACAGUGGAUUGGAUGUUCGUUGGACGGCUCCAGUGGAUCCGUCCAUGAAUGGCUUUGUGUUGGAGUGGUUUGCAGUCAGAGAGAAAAACAGCAGCGUCCUACACUGGGAACUGCUGAAUCGCUCCUUUACACAGCGGGUCAUCACAGAGGGAGUGAAGCCCAUGGAGUGUUACGCUGUCUCUGUCAGAGCGCUGUAUGGGGAACGAGGGGCGAGACAGAACAGGACCGCUCACGUUUAUACUCGCCAAGGAGCGCCCUCAGCUGGUCCUAAAGUGUCGGUACAGAAGAUCUCCGGCAGCAAAGUGGAUCUCACGUGGAUCCCUGUUCCUGUGGAGCUGCUCCACGGUUUCAUCCGCAACUUCACAAUCUUCUACAUCACACCAGACCACUCAACUGAGAGAGUGACUGUGCCUGGUCAGGCUCUCGGGUACACUCUGGAGGAUCUGUCACCGGGGAACUACGACAUCUUCAUGCAGGCCAACACCGACGCUGGAGCCGGAGCAGCUGGACCCAAAGCUAGAGUACACAUUGGCUCAGAGGAAGUCUCCAUAGUGCUGUAUGUCGUCCUGCCUCUCAUCCUGACUUCACUGGCGCUGGUGUUGAUGGCCUGCCUGGCCCAGAGCAAGAAGGUGAAACAGAAGCUGUGUCGAGACAUCCCCAACCCUUCCAAAAGCAGCUUGGCCCGCUGGAGCCCCAAAAUUAAUUUUGAGAGUAUUAAGCGGCCUACGAUGGCGGAAAAGGCUGAAAUCUUAUACUCUGAAGUUAUUUUGCUGGAUGAAUGUGAGCUACAGAGCCCGGACACAGAUCAGGACUUCGACUAUCAAAAAAGUCUCCAAACGUAUUUCUGUCACCGCAACUCUUCGCUGCCAGUUUCAGGAGCUCCGACACCUGGAAACACCAGAAAAUCUGAGAAUGACUGUAUCAAAAGCCCAACUAGAGCCAGGACGACCUCUGACACUGAUAUAUCCUCCAUCUACGCCAAAGUCGUCUUCCCUGAGAUGCUCCAAAGUGUCCCUUCACCCCUCACAUAUCUCCAAUCCAACACCUGGCAGCACAGCUCUGUCAGCGUUACUGACGUUAAGCGGCAGCUAGGUGGAGACAGUGAACCGUCUGUGAGCUCCAGGAGAUCUGAGUCCCCUCCAUACCAAACAGAUGAGCUGAAAAACGUCCCUCUUCACAAACAUCAGAGCCCUGUCUCCUCUCAAUCCUUCUCAGCCCAGGGCACAGCACCCAGACACCCUUCUUCUCAAAGUCUGUAUAAGUCUGUCCCCUCGCUCCAGGCCUGCCCUCAUCUCGAUGACAUUUUGAGUGUGUCGGGAUCACCUUCUUCCCACUCUAUUUUUGUCGAUUUCUCCUACCUCCCUGCAGUGUGACCCAUCUCCCCUGCUGUUUGAUUUAAUUAAAGGGAAAUACAACUUUAAUUGUUUGAUCACAGUGUCAAUUGAUAAUAUGUACAACCCCAUUGACUUCUUAUAAAACAUUUCUUUGCAUCGAGAGUGAAUCAACAUUUUUAAAUGCUCAGUAUUAUGAAUGUAGAAAUAACUGAGAAGACUGGAUUUUGGAUUAGUUUUUAAAUUCAAAUAAGGGAGCUAAGUAUUGUGAUUUUUGCACCCUCCCCAAUGUAAAGUAAUGGUGUACAUUUAUUGCAAACAUACUCCUGCUUUCUUGCCAAAUAAUAGGUUCCACAGGUAAAAAAUGUAGUAUGAACUGUGAAACAAAGACGUUUGUAAAAACAAUCAUUUGUGGUACAAUAGGUAUUUUUUUAUUUACCUUUGGACAGAGGCUGGCUGUUUUCCCUGCUUCCUCCCUGUCUUGAUGCUAAGCUAAUUGUCUGUAGAAAUUGUAUAGUCAUGACUUGACGUCAAAAUACUAUUUUAAUUACAGUCGCGCUGUAUGAGUAAGACAUGACAAAACAUGAAAAGAAUCAAAGUUUUAUUUGUAAAUGACUUGUGAUACUUUUAGUUUGAUCCACUGUGAAGGUUGUAUAAUGUGUUGUGGACAUUGUGCUACCAGAGACUGCUGAUUCCUAUACUGGACAGUUUGUUUGAGACAUACUUUGAAUACUGAGAAAUGUAAAUAAGAAGAAUGCUGCUUGCACGCAACAACAUCUUCUGUAAAUACUGUUUACACGGAUGUUUGAGAAGGCCUGUUUUAACUUUUCGUGCUAGUAUGCAGCGAAACCCAAUAGGACCCACUGUGACACAGGUGUCACAUGACAUUUAAAUGUUAUGGAAAGUUCCUCAUACAGCUUUAGCCUUGUUUCUAUCUGAUGAAUUCCCUAAGUGACACGCACUGAACAGUCUGGUGGGUCAUGGGCCAGGUCAUGUGAUUUUGUGUUCCCAUAACAACAUGUCCAAGAUGUCCAUGUUUCAGACUAACACAUGUGACAGAACUAGCUACAUUUCGAAAGCUUUUUAUUUUUCUUGCUAAAGGUAAAAUUCAAGCCAUUUAAGAAUUAAAAUACUUACAUAACA